CGAAAUCAAACACACGUGAGGUUGUAAACAAACGAGUGGUGAGUGAGGGCGGCCAUUGCCACAGAGCUCCAUGCUAUGAGGGCCUGUCUCUUUCCCCUGGCAGUGUUUGCCAGUGUCCUCUGUCUGUCUCACAGCUACACCCUGAGGAGCUCCGUGUCCUGGGUGGUCUCCUCCAACGAUGUGGUGGAGGACGCGGACCUGUCGGAGGAGGUCGCCCCGGCGCUGCUUGUGGACAGUGCGGGGCUGUGGAAGCAGGCUUAUCCGUCCUCAAACGUCCUCGGAGACAGCGUGGAGAGCCCCGGAGAGCUGGUGAAGCCCGAGACCGACGAUGUGGCUCAGCUGUCCUCUCGUCUGUUUUCAUACCGGCUGGAGAAAGUGAAGAAGUCCGGCAGCAGCAGCGGUCCUCCCCCGCACCAGGAGACCGCCAGGACAGCCAGAUACAUCGCUCACUACAGUGACUGGGGACAUCUGUCCACCAUUUCAACUCAAGACAAGAUCAAAGGUCUCCCCUUUGGGAACAUCUUCUCGGUCAGUGAUGGACCGCUGGACAACAGCACUGGAGUCAUCUAUUUUUAUGUGACGCCGAUGGACAACACCGUGUCAGAUCUGAAGAGUAACCCCUACGCUUCUCUCACAUUUUCAGAGGCCGAGGGAGAAUUCUGCAGGCAAAUGGUUUAUGAUCCAGAAGAUCCAAGAUGUGCUCGACUCAGUCUAACAGGCAAGAUGGUGGAGGUGGCCCCAGAGGAGCUCGUGUUUGCAAAAGAGGCAAUGUUCACAAGACAUCCUGUGAUGGCAAAGUGGCCAGUGGGGCACAAUUGGUUCUUCAUGAAGCUGGAGUUGAUCCAGGUGUGGUUGCAGGACUGGGUUGGAGGCGUAUCAGUCGUUCCACUGGAGGACUACUUUAAAGCUACGCCUUUCUGAGAAAACCCCUCCACUUCAUCAUUUCAGCCUCCUCAGAUCGGUUCAGCUGUUGACAGCACAGACGUCACUCUAAUAAGGAUCAACGCUUCCCAAAGCAGCAAUGUGCAAAGAAAUUUUCAUUAUCUUUUUUAACACUGUUGCUAUUUUAAUUUUUAAAAGUGAAUCUUUUUUGUUAAUCACACAAAAUCAUUUCAUGAGUCUCCUGUAUUGGGUGUGUGAAUGUAUGUAAAGUCAUUAAGCUAGUUAUCGAAUUGUAACAGUCAUCACAGCUGGCAUGGAAAAUUCAAUGUGAUUUCAAUGUAUUCUUUUCAACAUUGACUAUCUUAUGGGUUUGCAUCAAAAUGUGUGCUUUUUGGAAAAUAAAUGAAUGUUGGCACAUGCAAUUAUUGUGCCUACUUUUUAAAAAAAUA